AUCAUGAACGCUUCAAAUGUCACCACAGAAAACCGGGUUUAUGCUGGAGUCUUUGGCUGCAUCAUGGUGAUAGGUCUGUCUCUCAAUGUUGUGUCACUCUGCAUUCUUCUUCGCCGACACAGCCUCACAUCGCCCAAUGCUGUUUUCAUGGUCAACCUGGCACUCUCAGACCUGCUGCUUGCCUUCUCUUUGCCCAUGAGGAUCUACUUUCUUGCCACAGGCACCUGGACUCUGGGCAUUACGGCAUGCCUCAUCAGCACAAUGCUGUUUCGCAACAACAUGCGGUCUGGUGCCACCUUCAUCACCUUUAUCAGCGUGGACCGACUGCUGGCUGUGGUUUAUCCUCUGAGGUCACGCCAUCUUCGGACCUCGUCCAAUGCCUGGAAAGGAGCUGCACUCGUCUGGGUGAUUUUGCUGGUGUUUAAUAUCCCGGAGACUAUAGGCUUAUUAAAACACUUACAGGACCACAAGGAGCCUGUUUGUUUUGAAUCUCAUCAUUAUACAAAUGUAAUACGAUCAGCUGUUAUUUACAUUCAGAAUGCAGUAUUGGCCACGAUGCUAACAGUUAAUAUUGUGUGCACCAUUGUGGUGUCUUGGACUCUACACACUCAUCUCAGUGACUCUGCAAAGGUCUACAACAAGGUGAAUGUAAUUGUGAUUUUUGCCAUGAACUUGAUUAUAUUCUGUAUGUGUUUCUUGCCUGUGCCACUAUUUGUAGUCACAAAAAGCAAGACCAAUAUAUCGCCACUGGUAUGUCUUUCUGUUGUGAACUGCUGCCUGGAUCCACUCAUAUAUUUCUUUUCUUUUGAUGCCUUCUGGAAGAAAAAAGAGGUCAUGGGAAGAGAACUGUAGACAAGGGACGUGCAGGAGUUGGGAUGUUCUUUGGACGGACUGUGCUUUGUUUUUCAGCAGAGUAGCCUGUUUGUGCAAAAGAUUCUCAUUUAGUUCAACUAUUUGCAGUUUUCACCAGUAACCCACCAACAGAAACAUGCUUGUGAAGCUUAGGGAGUGAGAAAGACGGAGUAAAGACUUGCUGAAUUAGAAGGUUUCAGUUAUACCAAUGUUCUGACAUUACAGCUUCAACCACAGCAAAAAACUGUGGCUGAUUUACGGAAAACUGUUAUGUUUGCAUACAUAAUAAGACCCCCAGAAGUGAAAACUGCCAAACCAAAUAUUGUCAGGCCUGUGAAACAAACGACCUUUAACAUACAUUUAAGUAGGAAUCAAACAGAAUGGUAUCUUUAAGCCUUUUUAGCCAUGCUAGCUGCUUUGUCUUUAUGAGAAGCUGUUUCCUUGUUGUAGCUUAAUAAUUAAUGAAGAGAUACAAAUAAUAUCAAUCUCCUCAUUUCACUCUAGGAAAAAAAUAAAGCAUGUACAU